CCUCCGUGUGAACCGGAACGGUAUGGUUUCACCUUGGGUGCAUACUGCUGUGAGGAGGCACACGUUUGGUUUUAGCUAGAAAUUUGACAUUCAAAUGAAAGAUAAAUGUCGCUGUAGUACCGCGGCUCGUCCAGCUGUUGUUCGAAGAAAGAGGAGACAUGAAACAAGACGUCAGGAUACUUUUAUUGGGGGAACCCAAGGUGGGGAAGACAUCGCUCAUCAUGUCUCUGGUUGGUGAGGAGUUCCCUGAACAGGUUCCCCCCAGAGCUGAAGAGAUCACCAUCCCUGCUGACGUGACUCCAGAGAAGGUGCCCACGCACAUAGUGGACUACUCGGAGAAAGAGCAGAGCGAUGAAGUUCUCAGAGAUGAGAUCAUCAAAGCUAAUGUGGUGUGUGUAGUGUAUGAUGUCACCAAUGAGGACACGAUAGACAAGAUCAAGACCAAAUGGAUACCUCUUGUCAAUGGAGAUGCAGAGAAAGGGAACAAGGUUCCAAUCAUUCUUGUGGGAAACAAGUCUGAUCUCCGCAGUGGGAGUUCAAUGGAAACCAUUCUUCCCAUCAUGAACCAGUUCUCUGAGAUUGAGACAUGUGUUGAGUGUUCUGCAAAGAAUCUCAAAAACAUUUCAGAGCUGUUCUACUAUGCACAGAAGGCAGUUCUCCACCCAACUGCUCCUCUUUAUGACCCUGAGGACAAACAGCUUAAACCGUUAUGCGUUCGAGCACUCAGCAGAAUAUUCUACAUAUCCGACCAGGACAACGACCGCAUUCUAAGUGAUGCUGAGCUCAAUAGCUUUCAGAAAUCUUGUUUCGGGAAUCCUUUGGCGCCUCAAGCCUUAGAAGAUGUGAAGACUGUAGUUUGGAAGAACACCAGCGAAGGGGUACAGGACAAUGGCCUCACGCUAAAUGGUUUCUUGUUCCUUAAUACAUUAUUUAUCCAGAGGGGCCGGCAUGAAACCACAUGGACUAUCCUCAGGAAGUUUGGUUACGAUGACAACCUUGAGCUGACUGAUGAUUAUCUUUACCCCGAACUACGAGUUCCUGUAGGCUGCACCACAGAGCUCAAUCAUUUAGGUCACCAGUUCCUCCAGCGGUUGUUUGACAAAUAUGAUGAAGAUAAGGACUCGGCUCUGUCACCGGCAGAGCUCAGGAACUUGUUCUGUGUAUGCCCUUACAUGCCAUGGGGUGCAGAAGUGUACAUGACUGUCCCAACCACAGACGAGGGCUACAUCUCUAAUCACGGCUACCUCUGUCAGUGGAUGCUUUCUGCAUACCUUGACAUCCACCGUUGCCUGGAGCAUCUAGGAUACCUAGGCUUCCCUCUCCUCACUGAACAGGAGUCACAGACUGCUGCAGUCACAGUGACACGGGAGAAACGGGUAGACCUGGAAAAGCGCCAGACACAGCGGACAGUGUUUCUCUGCAAGGUGAUUGGACCGAGAGGAACGGGGAAGACGGCCUUUCUCCAGGCCUUUGUGGGCCGCAACAUUGCGAAUAAGGGAAAUUCCACCAGUGCCUUCUCCCCGUACGUCAUAAAUACUGUCCAAGUCAGCAACCAGGAGAAGUACCUUAUUCUCAAUGAAGUAGAUGUGGAGAUGGAGUUCCUGAAGGCGUCGGAUGCCUUCUGUGAUGUUGCUUGUCUCAUGUAUGACACCAGUGACCCGCAUUCCUUCGACUAUUGUGCCAGCAUAUACAAGCAACACUACAUGGAGAGCAACAUCCCAUGUGUGCUGGUUGCCUCCAAGGUGGACCUUUCUGAAGUCAAGCAGUUUCACGGGAUGACUCCAGCAGAGUUCUGUUAUAAACACAGACUGCCUCCACCGCUGCCCUUCUCCAGCCUGUUACUCGACUCCACCAGCAAGAACAUCUACACCAGGCUCGGCUGGGCAGCAAUGUACCCACACCUGAAUGGUUCAGACAUGAGCAACACAUCAUUCUGGCUGAGAGUGGCGUUGGGCUCGGCUGUGGUUGCAGUUCUGGGUUUUGCUAUCUACAGAGCCUUUGCCAGACUGAAAUGACCAACAGCUAGUUGGGUGAUUUAUCAUUCGUUUGUCAACCUGAUGCUGCAUCCAUCAUGACCAAACCUCUGAUGCCAGAUCCAGAAGCAUUGCAGUUUGAACGUGACGAAGCCCUCAUCCUCCUACUUUUUACCCUGAAGACUCAAAGGAAACUUUCCAUAUCUCUGCCAUUCUCACUGUCUGACCUCUCCACUUUGAAGUCAGUUCAUCGCAACAGUCCAGAGGCAAUUGGAAGCUGAUGAUGAUCAUGUUAUUCCCUGUGCUGCCGUGCCCAGCUUUUGCUGCCUUAUCUAACCAGGCUAAGUAGGGGUUAGCCUGUCCGCGCUUGAUGCACAAAGAACUGCUACUGUUAGUGUCCAAAAAGGUGCUUUAUCAUUGGGGAAGAAAUGCAGGAAGACAGCAGUGCUAUCCCCUUAAUCUUCUAAUGAGUUUUAGGAGUGAGGUUUUUCUAUACAUGCAGUGUUUCCCAAGCAUAAUAGAAAAAUGCCAAAAUUAACAGACUAUAGAACCAAAGGGGAGCACAUGAAGCAUUUUAGCAAAUGAUUGGCUGUCGCUCAAAAUCCUAAAUGAACAUUUUUCUUUUUCCAAGACACAAUAGAAAAUGGACCUGUCCAAUUUGCCAAAUAACUCCAUCAGCAGUGAAUAAUCGUAGCAUGUUGCCUGCCCUUAGGCAUAUCAUUUUGCCUGAGAAUACAUUGUAUUUAGCUUGAAUCUUAUUGUUAAAAUAUUUUUAGCAGUAAGGCAUCUACAGAAAUGCUGUAGCAGAGAGAUUUCUCUUUGUGCAUGAUAAAGAUUGCUUUAUGUGGAAGACAAAGGUUUGCAUUUGCAAGAAAGCGAAAAACGUCUUCUCUAAUACGAAGCCAGGUAAAACUUGAAAAUUAUAAAUCGCAAGACAAAAUGUGGUCAGAUUGAUCUCUGCUUCUGCUCAGUUUCCCUCCUUUCUGUUCAGAAUGAAUUGGAAUUCGUUUUAAUUGAGACUGAAAUAGAUUAGUAAUUAGUAAUUUCUCUAUUUACAUGCACCUGCCACUGGGCAUGCAGUUUGACUGUGUUACACUAUCUGCCAUUGUAUUGUUUUCAUCACACAAGUCAGUCAUGAUAGUGUCUGUGUUGUUGAUUGAGGCGGGGGCCUGCUCUUUCUGCAGGACACAUUUCUUUGACUUUUAAAAUGCUGUUUUCUUACUGAAAGUGAACUGAUUUAGAUGCUAAAUAAAAGACCCGACUGCACUGGGUGGAGACUUUGA